UGCUGGCCGCAUGGAUGCGCCUUAAGUACCCUCACAUUGCUGUGGGGGCCAUAGCAUCAUCAGCGCCCAUUUUGCAAUUUGAGGACUUGGUACCAGCUGAUACUUUUGACCGGAUCGCAUCGGCAGAUUACAAGAUGGUAAGUGAAACUUGCUUUGAGAGAAUCAGAGAUUCAUGGGCCGCGAUUACAGAAAUGGCAAUGAAGGACGGUGGGCUUGAUGACCUCACCAAACACUUCCGGCUUUGCAAGAAAUUGGAUAACGUUCAGAAGCUGAAGAACUGGUUAGACACUGCUUUUGGCGAAUUGGCGAUGGUUAAUUACCCUAUCCCCACAAGUUUCCUUAUGCCUCUUCCAGCCUAUCCUGUUCGUGAGGAAGAGAAGAAGAAAAUAGAACACAGCUUCUCCGUAUGGAUGGGGGAGGAGGUGGUUACUGAGAUGGAGGUGGAGGUGGAGGCUGACCAUCUGUCUCUCUCUCUCUCUCUUCAUAUCUAUCUAUCUUUGGAGACGGAAGUGUCGUGUGGUAAGGAGAUGAAGGAAGGAGGAUGGAAACGGAGGAAGAGAGCGGAGAAGAAGAAGAAGAAGACCACUUGCCAACUGGUGCGAACAGGAGAUGUAGGAAGGAGGGGGGAAACGGAAGAAGAGGGAAGGAGAUGGAAGGAGGAGGAAGGAAACGGAGGAAGAGAGGGGAGGAGAUGGAGGAAGGAAGGGGGAGGAGAUGGAGGAAGGAAGGGGGAGGAGGUGGAGGAAGGAGGGGGGAGGAGAUGGAGGAAUGAGGGGGGAAAUGGAGAAGAGAGGGGAGGAGAUGGAGGAAGAGGGGGAGGAGAUGGAAGGCAAUGUAGAAGAAGAAGAAGAAGAAGAGGAAGAAGUCAGGGUCGAGGAGGAGGAGGAGGAGAAGAAGAAGAAGAGGAGGAGGAGGAGGAGGAGGAGGAGGAGGAGGAGCUUACCUUCCUCAUGGAUGGGGUGGCACGGCUUCAAGAAUGACGACAAAGAAGAUGUCUGGUGAUAAUGAUGUCUGGCGAUGAUGAUGACGAUGGCGAUGGCUGGGGAAGACCACAAAGAUGAUGACUGAUGCCACCACCGACGAUCCUCAAUUUGAACGCGUUGCAAAGUGCCACGUGUGCACAAACAUCUAGCCCUGUGGCUGAGAUUGUGGGGCUGAAAUCUCAACCGUCGAUCACAAAAGAUUGCCGGCAAAGAUUUCAGCCCAAACAAAAACUUCAAAAGGAAGAAAGGAGGCCUACCAGGGCCCUGAAACAAACUAGAAAGCGCGUG